UACACCUCCUGGAUCUCCUGCAGAACCAGAGGAGGAGGAAAGAGGAGGAAGAAUUUGGCCUCAAGUCCUGCAGACGCCUUCAAACUGCUGGGAUGAGGUGGUGGCUGGUGGCAGCCAGUUUGUGGCUGCUGGUGGUCCUGAGCGUCUCAGACGUCAACACCAGGACCAGAACUCGCAACAAGGGCGCUGAGAUCCGCCGGGGGAAGAGGAAGAGGGACGGACAGGGUCAUGUUCGGGCCAGAGCGGGGCGCUCUAGACCGCUAAAGAUCAGACUGGUUCCUGGUCCCAGCACACCAGCAGGGCCUCUAGAGAACCAAGGACCUUUGUUCCUGGAUUCUUACAAGAGCAAGAACAUACAAGAACAGCACUCCAGCUACAACGUUAUCCCAGGUAAGCAGGGCCAGUGUGAGUUCCAGGGACUGACCAUGUUCCAGCAGGCCGUCUGGUCCCCAGAGCCCUGUGUCACCUGUCUGUGUACUGGAGGACAGGUGGUCUGUGAUGAGGUCACCUGUCCCAGGGUGCACUGCCACUUCCCCUUCACCCCCCCCGGGGAGUGCUGCCCCGCCUGCAUGGAGCCAGACCUUGACCUCUCUGGUGACUCCCCAGUUCCCAACGACCCCGGAGAGUCUCUGACCCCGCUGAGCCAGGAGGAGAUCCAGAGGAUCCUCUGGAGGGAGGAGGAGGAGCACCGCGAGGAGGAGGAGCGCCUGAGGAAGAAGGACGAGGCGAGGAGGAAGAGGAGGAAGCAGAGGAAGGAGCAGGCGGACAAACAGAGGAAGAUCGUUGAGCAGAGGAGGAGGGAGGAGGAGGAGGCUCUGAGGCUGCAGGUGGAGAAGGAGGAGGAGGAGUGGAGGAGGCAGAUAGAGGAGGAGAGGAGGAGGCAGGAGGAGAAGAGGAAACAGGAGGAGGAAGACAGGAAGCGGAGGGAGGAGGAAGAGAGAGAAGCUAGGGAGAAGGAAAGGAAGCUAGAGGAGGAGAGGAGAAGUCAGGAGGAGAAGCUGAGGGAGGAACUACUGGCUCUGGUGGAGGAGGAAGAGGAGGAGUACGAGGAGGAGGUGGAGGAGGAGGUGUGGCUGAGAGGAGAUGUCUUUAAGAUGCCGCCAAAAGAACCAGAAGAACCAGAAGAACCAGACUUGAUCCCUGUUCCCAUCCCAAGACCUCCUGCUGAGACGGAGGUGGAGGAGGAAGAGGAGGAGGAGGAGGAGGAGAGGAAGGUGGUGAUCCUGGAGGAGGAGAGAGGAGGAGGCCUCCCUCCAGGCUGCGACAUCUCUGACGUCACUCUGACAUGUGACAACGUCAGACUGAGCUACUUCCCUCCUCUGUCCAUCCCCGAGCUCAAGUCUCUGAGUCUGGAGGGAAACAGCAUCAGCAGCAUCCCAGCUGAAGCCUUCAACGGGAUCCCCAACCUGGAGUGGAUCAACCUGAAGAAGAACAAACUCACCUCUGCUGCCAUCGAUGCUAAAGCCUUCAAAGGUCUGAGGAUGUUGAAGCGUCUCUACCUGGACGGGAACCUUCUAGAGACCAUCCCGGAGGACCUGCCCUCCUCCCUGCAGGAGCUGAAGAUCAGUGAGAACAGACUGACAGCAGUCAAAGAGGACAGCUUCAGAGAUCUGAGCAGCCUGGUGAUUCUGGAGCUGGAGGGGAACCUGCUGUCUGAGGGGAACGUGGCUCCUCUGGCCUUCAGGCCUCUCAGCCAGCUCUCAUACCUCCGGCUGGGCAGAAACCACUUCCGCACCGUCCCACAAGGUCUCCCCUCAUCUCUGCUGGAGCUCUACUUGGAGAAUAAUCUGAUCGAGGAAAUAUCAGAGACGGUUUUCAACCAAACAAACAGUCUGAACGUGAUUUCUCUGAGACACAACCGGCUGGACGAGAGCCGGAUCGCCCCGCUGGCCUGGAUCCACCACAGGAACCUGGAGUCCAUCGACCUCUCUCAUAAUGAUCUUUACCUGGUUCCUUCCUACCUGCCCAGGUCUCUGAUCCACCUGGUGCUGGUGGGGAACAACAUCGAGAGGAUACCUGGCUACGUCUUCGCCCACAUGGACCCCGGUCUAGAGUACCUCUACCUGUCCUACAACAAGCUGGACGGAGAAGCCAUCGAGCCCGAGUCGUUCUUCGGCUCGUACCAGUCGAUGGUGGAACUUUGUCUGGACAACAACCAGCUGGUUUCUGUCCCGUCAGGCAUCAACGAGAUGACCAACCUGCACUUCCUCCGCCUCAACAACAACAGGAUCCGGAGCAUCCCUGAGGAGGGGAUCUGUGACCCUAACUCCAGCGGAGACUCCACCCUGGUGGCUCUGAGGCUGGAGAACAACUACAUCGACCCCCAGAAGAUCUCUCCUACCGCCUUCUCCUGCGUGCGCUCCUCCUCCAGCGUGGUCUUAAAGCCUCAGAGGACCAACUGAAGAAACGCUCAGAGACUCUGGGUUUAGAGACCAGAACCAGGAGCAGAGGCUGGUUUAUGGGCCAAGACCAUGAAAACACAAGAUACAUUUAAAUAAACCUAAAUCAUCUCACUCCCCCAGAAUAAUCCCUGUAUCAUUCCGUCUUUACUUUUUCUAUUGGCAAUCAAAAAUCACAUUGUUAUCUGUUUUUUAUUAUA